AUGGAUAAAGCAGUCGCGCUUCAACUCGCGCGAAGAUGCCUGCCGCAUUUUGAGAGCAAAGGUCUUGCCAAUGUUGGGGAGAUCGAGAGUGUCAAACCUCGCAACUUGCUGGGACUCUGGACCGGCAUGGGGAGUGUUGACGAGAUCGAGGUCGCCGGAAAGGCUGCGACGGAGGCAUUUGUCGUGAAGUCGGUCGGUUCAUACAAGAAGUUGGAGGAUGAGCUGGCACUUGUGGACCACAUGUCCUACUACAACGAGGCAAGCUUCUACGAGUCGGACCUGCCAGACCGAAUUUGUGAUAGUGGUGCGCGCUGCCCUCGACCCCUGCUCGUUGACCGAUCCAAGGAUGGUGAUGUCACUAUCUGCAUGACGAAGCUGCCGGGCCGUGGCUUCUCCCGGAGCCCGGAGCAGGCGAAGGCAGCUCUUUGCUGGCUGGCCCGGCUGCACGCAACAUUCUGGGGCAAGCGAGCAGAUGCAGCAGCGGCGUCAGGCAUCUCCGGCCAAGCCUGCUUCUGGCACUUGGACACCCGCCACAUUGAGCUGAAACGCAUGCCUGAGGAUGCGCUUCGCUGGGCUGCCCGGGGCAUCGAUGCUAGGCUGAAGGCAGACAAGAUGCAAACGCUGUGCCACGGUGACCCGAAAGGUGCAAACAUCAUGUGGGAUGAUGAGGCAGGAGUUUCUUUCUACGACUUCCAGUGGUUUGGCAAAGCUCCACCCACGAAGGACCUCGCCUACUUCCUUGGCGUGGCUGCUGGUGGCCUGUCAUCCGAAGACUCCGAAAGGGAGCUGCUGCGCUUCUACCACGAAGAGCUUUCGAAGCUCUUGGAAGCUCAGGAGGAUGCCGCCCCAGAGUUCGAAUACCUUUGGAACUCCUACCAUCUUGCGCUGUGCGAUUUGGGCCGAUGGAUGGUGGGUGGCUUCAGCUUUGGAAACACUCGCCUGAUCUUUGGCCACGUCAAAGCCCUCUUGAAGUCGUUAGACGGCGUCAAGGGAAACUCUGAAGAACUGUACCAGGACAAGAUCUUCGAGUUGUAUCCACCGUGA